GGGAGCUGGAGCCGGGCGCCGCCGCCGCCGCCGCCGAGGCUUCCGUCUCGCUCGCUCGCGCCGCGGCGGCAGCAGAGGUCGCGCACAGAUGCGGGUUAGACUGGCGGGGGGAGGAGGCGGAGGAGGGAAGGAAGCUGCAUGCAUGAGACCCACAGACUCUUGCAAGCCGGAUGCCCUCUGUGGAUGAAAGAUGUAUCAUGGAAUGAACCCGAGCAAUGGAGAUGGAUUUCUAGAGCAGCAGCAGCAGCCUCAAUCCCCCCAGAGACUCUUGGCCGUGAUCCUGUGGUUUCAGCUGGCGCUGUGCUUCGGCCCUGCACAGCUCACGGGUGGGUUCGAUGAGCUUCAGGUGUGCGCCGACCCAGGCGUCCCCGAGAAUGGCUUCAGGACGCCCAGCGGAGGGGUUUUCUUUGAAAGCUCUGUCACUCGGUUCCACUGCCAAGACGGAUUCAAGCUGAAGGGCUCUACAAAGAGACUGUGUGUGAAACACCUGAACGGAACCCUCGGCUGGGUCCCAAGUGAUAAGCCCGUCUGUGUGCAGGAAGAUUGCCGUAUCCCGCAAAUCGAAGAUGCUGAGAUUCAUAACAAGACAUACAGACAUGGAGACAAGUUAAUCAUCACUUGUCACGAAGGCUUCAAGAUUCGUUACCCUGACCUGUACAACGUGGUUUCGUUAUGUCGCGAUGACGGAACGUGGGACAAUCUGCCCAUCUGUCAAGGCUGCCUGAGACCACUUGCCUCUUCUAACGGCUAUGUGAACAUCUCCGAAUUCCAGACCUCCUUCCCAGUAGGCACUGUGAUCUCCUAUCACUGCUUCCCUGGAUUCAAACUUGAGGGGUCUGAGUAUCUCGAGUGCUUACACAACCUUAUCUGGUCAUCCAGCCCACCCCGGUGCCUUGCUCUGGAAGUCUGCCCGCUCCCUCCCAUGGUGAACCACGGCGAUUUCAUCUGCCACCCGCGGCCUUGUGAGCGCUACAACCACGGAACCGUGGUGGAGUUUUACUGCGACCCUGGCUACAGCCUCACCAGUGAUUACAAGUACAUCACCUGCCAGUACGGGGAGUGGUUUCCUUCCUACCAAGUCUACUGCAUCAAGUCAGAGCAAACGUGGCCCAGCUCCCAUGAGACCCUGCUGACCACGUGGAAGAUCGUGGCGUUCACGGCGACCAGCGUGCUGCUGGUGCUGCUGCUCGUCAUCCUGGCCAGGAUGUUCCAGACGAAGUUCAAGGCCCACUUUCCCCCCAGGGGGCCUCCCAGAAGUUCCAGCAGUGACCCUGACUUCGUGGUGGUGGACGGCGUGCCCGUCAUGCUCCCGUCCUACGACGAGGCUGUGAGUGGCGGCUUGAGUGCCUUAGGCCCCGGGUACCUGGCCUCCCUGGGCCAGGGCUGCCCCUUACCCGUGGACGACCAGAGCCCCCCAGCGUACCCCGGCUCAGGGGACAUGGACACCGGCCCGGGGGAGUCGGAAACCUGUGACAGCGUCUCAGGCUCAUCGGAGCUUCUCCAGAGUCUGUACUCACCUCCCACGUGCCAAGGGGGCACCCGCCCCGCUUCCGACAACCCCGACACGGUUCCCAGUACGGCAGGGGAGGUGGCAUCUACCAGCCCGGGCAUCGACAUCGCCGAUGAGAUCCCCCUAAUGGAAGACAAUCCGUAGCCGGGCAAAGUCCGGAUGACGCUGCUGCCCCUUGGGGGGUGGGAACCUUGUACCUGGACUGAGGCGUCGGAAGGACAGAGCGUGGGGGAUGGAUUUAUCAACAUGGGGACAGUGACUCACAUCAUACAUCCUGGACUCAACAGUGAGGCUGGCAAACGGCGGGGGCAGGGCUGUUCGAUGAAACUGGAGGAUCUGCAGGACGAGUGAGGAACAAAAGGAUGAGGGGAAAGCCUGCGCGGUCCUGGAGGAAGGUGUUCAGCGCGGCUCGGACUGCGGACCUUGGGACAGAUGGUUGGUUCCGCGUGUAUCCCACCGAAUCCCACAUCCCCCGUUGACUUAUUUUAUGAGUACUACCUGUGUCCUCCGAAAGCAUGUCACAUUAUGUAAAUCGCUUCUAAAAUCUGCUUCAAGCUGUCUCUGGACUCCAGGUUAGGAUGGAUCAGCCUCGGCGGGAGGAGCAGCAGAGCGCCCCCUGCGGGCCCCCAGAGGGAAAGGUUCUCGUGUGUCUCUUGGACGGACUUCCUUGGGCUGGACAGCUCCGCGCCAACGCCAAGGCUAACGUGGGAUGUGGCGGUUCCAGUGAGAAAAGACAGACUCAGCCAGACUCUGCUUUCUGGAAAUUCCUUCAAAAAGAAGAGCUCUUGUCCUCUGGACUGUCCUUUGCUGAGAUGUCACAUUUGUAUUCAUGGUCUAGCGCAGGGAUCCAUGGCAUUGGAUAAAUCUUGUGACCUUACACAUGGUCAGAAUGUGUUCAAAUACAUCUCAUGGUGGAGAAGUUA